CCGGCUCCCGCCAUCACAACUGAUUUUAAGCAGUGCCUUCUUCCCGUCCACAAAAACACUCGUUUUUCACCGCAUCAAAACUCGCAUCCACUCCCAAAUUUUUGCUCCAAUGGCGUUGCUCUCAUCUUUAGUUUCACCCAAUUCGAUCCCCCUUCACGUAUUCGCUCCAAAAUCCCCAACAAAACUUCCCAGACAAUUUUCACAUUCACUUGCUUCAUUAACCCCUCCUCCUCCAUCUCCCUCUUCUUCAAAUUCUCAAGAAUCGACGUCGUCCGCAACAACUGAAAGUUUCACUGUAUUAGGAAAAGGGUCGUCUCCAAAAUCGCCAGAAUUGCCCUACAACUACGCCUUCGCUGACCUAAAUGGAGACCCCGUCGUCCGGUUUGUACAGUCUACGGAAUCUACGAUUGAAAGAGUCAUAUUCGACUUUCGCUUUCUUGCACUUCUGGCUAUUGGAGGAUCGUUAGCGGGCUCUCUACUGUGCUUUCUUAAUGGAUGUGUAUACAUAUUUGAUGCCUAUAAAGUGUACUGGACAAGCUGUGUCAAAGGAAUCCAUACUGGGAAAAUGGUUCUGAGAUUGGUUGAAGCUAUUGAUGUGUAUCUGGCUGGGACUGUGAUGCUGAUAUUUGCCAUGGGCUUGUACGGAUUAUUCAUUUCGAACGUGCCUCCGGGUGUACCUCCUAGCAUGGAUCGCGCACUCAAGGGGUCUUCCUUGUUCGGGAUGUUUGCUUUGAAGGAGAGGCCGCAGUGGAUGAAGAUCAGUUCGCUGGACGAGCUGAAGACGAAAGUAGGGCAUGUGAUUGUGAUGAUCCUUCUGGUGAAAAUGUUCGAAAGGAGCAAGAUGGUGACCAUAGCAACUGGGCUGGACUUGUUGAGCUACUCUGUUUGUAUAUUCUUGUCGUCGGCAUCCUUGUACAUUCUUCACAAUCUGCACAAAAAUGACUCGCAUUAAUUAGCAACCUAUGCUUGGCUUGUGCUUCUCACUCUCUGUAAUUCACCGGUUCCCAUCUAUAUCUAGCCAUCUUUGAUUAAUAAAUGAUGUUUUUGCUUUU